AUGGCUGAGGAGAGCAUUGAGACUCCACCAACUCCAAAAAGAACAGAGGGUGGACGCAGCCAUGAAAGGAGGAGUGAGACUCCACCAAUUACUCCCAAAAAGAUAGUGGCUGGACGCGGCCAUGAAAGGAGGGGUUCUACUGGAAUGUUAGAUAGCCCACGCAGUAGUACUGGAUCAUCAGCAAAGAUUCCUUCUCGUUAUCUCCAAACUUCACCAUCUUCCUGUCAUGAUUUGUGCAAAUAUGGAACCAAACAUGGUGUUGAAGCAGCCAAGCCAAGGGAUUCAUUUCGAAAGAUGGUUACAUCUAAGGGAGGUAAAAUGGAGCUUCUUGAUCAAAAUUCUGUUGCUUCAACUGAGAGGAAGAACAAAUUAGCAAUCAGUACUCCUAAGGCUUCUUCAGAUUCCAGGAUCCUGCAGAAACCCAGUAGCCCUGUUGUCAUCAAGGAAGAAGUUUCAUCCUCAACAAAAGAAAUAGAUGUUUCUGUGGAAAAUGCUGGCGAUCUAAAGCUGAAGUCUGUGCAAUCAAAGCCAUUUUCAAGUAUUCAAAGGAACAAUGAAAUCAGAAUAAGCAGGGAAUCACCAGGAUCAGGUUCAGAUAGCCCAAGAAAAGGCAGAGAGUUGAGAACCUCCAAAAAUAUGGGUGAGAAAAAGGCUUGCUUGCACACCAAGCAUUCUACCAAAAAGGUUUCAAGCAUGAACACUAAGAAUGAAAACAAUGUUGUAAAAAUCGAACCAAAGCAACCAAGCAAUGAUGUUGUUCUGGAGAAGACUUUGUACAUUAUUGAAGCAAGUAGUACUGAUCAGAGCAAAGGUAUCCAUAGCUCUGCUUCACUUCCAUCUUCUGAACAGAAUAGCUUGACACGCACGGGAUCGGGAUUUAUUGCAGCACCUCCAUUCUCUUCUCUGUCUCUUGGGAAGAAAAGCUCGAGGCAUACAGGUUCUGGAAGUGCUAGAUCAUCCUUAUCUUUAUCAUCAUCUUCCUUUUCCCCAUGUGAGCCUUCCCACAGCAAAGAAAAUGGUGUGGAAAAGUUAGCAAAUGCAGAGAUGGAAUACAAGAGUAGGCCUAGAAAGGGUGGAAAAGUUAGCUUGGACUUCAAGGCUUCCCCAUCACGAAAGCUGAAAUUUAAGAGAGCAAAGGUGGUUGAUCUUCAACUUCAUUCUGAUCAGGACAAUGCUCCAAGGAGACUCAAAUUUAAGAGAUCAGUGAGAUUGGUUGGUGAGAGCCAGAAUGGUAAAGUCAAUACCAGAAAAAGUACAAAAAGGAGAAACUAUGGGAGGAAGGAAAUUGGUGACAUUGAGAAUGGUGGUAAAAUGAAAUCCGAGAAAGUUGUUCUCAAACACCAAAAUGUGGAAAGAAAACAGAAAGAUGGUCGGAGUCUAUAUAAUAAUGUGAUCGAAGAGACAGCAAGAAAGCUUGUUGUGAGCAGGAAAAGUAAGGUGAAAGCUUUGGUUGGUGCUUUUGAAACUGUUAUAUCUCUUCAGGAUACCAGAGUACCCUCAGUGACAACUAUAGCAUGUUGAGUUACAAAAGCUCUGAUAUUCAUUGAAAAAAUGCUACUGAAUUUGUAUAUAGUAAUGGUGAGAAAGACAAGAUUUUCUGUAGGCGGCAUAUGGGUGUGAGCACAAGAUCUUUUAUGUCAAGUUGCAAUGGCAUAAAUGGGGAGAGAUUCAACUGAUCAUUGAGAAAGGUGUUUGAAAGAGAGAGAAGCUGCUUUUUAUUGUGUGUGCUGCUCAAGAGUGAUCUGCUCAUUUCUGUUCCAUAUUCUUCUGCUUGGGGUGUUUGAUUUCUGUUUUUACUUUGUUAUUUGGAAAACUUGUGGGCAUGGCAGG